AUGGGGUCUGAAGGUCCUGCUGCUUCCGCCGCCGUAACAAUCCAUGUGACGGGAUUUAAAAAAUUCCACGGGGUUACAGAGAAUCCAACCGAGACUAUUGUGAGCAAUCUCGAAGCCUUCAUGAACAAACGGGGUUUGCCAAAAGGGUUGAUCCUAGGCAGUUGCACAAUUCUUGAAACAGCGGGUCAUGGAGCCCUUGUUUCUUUAUACCAAACAUUGCAGUCUGCUGUGAGCAUGAAUGCCGACAUGCCAAAUUCGGGUAGUGUUAUUUGGGUUCAUUUUGGGGUAAAUAGUGGAGCAACAAGAUUCGCUUUAGAGAACCAAGCUUUUAAUGAAGCUACUUUCCGUUGCCCAGAUGAGAUGGGGUGGAAGCCUCAGAAAGUUGCCAUUGUUCCAGCAGAUGGUGGGAUCUCACGAAUUCGGAAGGUAUAG